AUGGGUGAUAUACAGGCCUACCUCGCUUCAAAGUACAUGUCGGGUGCCAAGGCCGAUGCGAUCCUCUCCCGGAGCGAAGCUGGACGUCCUAAGAAGAAGAAGAGACGGAUAGAUCAGGCUGUACCUGUAGCUGUUGGGGAUGGGACGGGGUUGUUGAUCGCAGAUGAGGACAGUCUGGGGAAUGGAUGGGGACAGGCCGAGCCCGAGGAGGAAGAUACGGAUGUGCCAGUUGUGACGGCCGCUGCCAAAACUCUACGUCUAAAGAAAUCGAACUGGUCGCUCCCAUCAGCCAGCUCUUCAACUCAACCUGAACCCGCCGCUGAGGAACCUCCAGCCGAAUCUUCCACCGCCACCGCCACGUCCGCUCCACCUGUGAAGAAACGAAAAGGAGGUCUUUUAACUGCCGCUCAGUUGAAAGAAGAGGCUGAAGCGCUGGCCAUCGAAGAAGCCCGUAAAGAAGCUGAACGGGAACAAGAACGCCUCGAAGCUCGACGUCGGCGUCGAGCCGAAGGGAUCGAGGACGACGAGGAUCUCGCCAAUGAUGAUGAUGAUGAUGUUGAUGAUCAUCCGGAUCAUCAAAGGACGGUCUAUCGUGAUCGGUCGGGAAAGAUCGUCGAUGCCCAAGCUGAACGGGCUGAACAGAUCAAGGCCGAAGCGGAAGAUCGAGCCAGACAGGCUGCGAAGAAGGAUUGGAACAAGGGGUUGGUACAGCGGAAUCAACGGGAAGUGGAAGCUCAGCGGGAGAGACAGGUCGCCAGCACUUCGUUUGCUAGGUCGGCAAAUGACCGGGAUAUGAAUGAUGAACUCCGAAACGAGGUCCGGAGAGAAGACCCAGCAGCGGCGUUCUUGACGCAACGGAAAAAGAAAGGCCCGCAACGACCGAAAUAUACCGGGCCAGCACCUCCUCCGAAUCGGUUCGGUAUCCCUCCAGGGUUCCGAUGGGACGGUGUCGACCGGUCGACGGGGUACGAAGCCAAGUUGUUCCAGAAGAUCAAUGAACGGAGCCGGAAAGCCAAGGAGGCGUAUCAGUGGAGUACCGAGGAGAUGUAA